CCCCUAAUUCCAAUUCAGUGGAGCAAUGCCUAAUAAAACCUUAGUGUCAUUUUAUGCGGAACAGAAUCUCCCUGCAGAUCUGAUUCAAAUCACUUUUAUCACUUGAAUCAGUGCAGGAAAACACAAGCUCAUCGGCGUCUCCAGCCGCUGCUAACAACCCAGCCAAUCUUGUAUCCGCCGCUACAUCGCGUACUACCAUGCUCCGUCACUGGACUUGGUGGCUUGUGGUGGCCAUUUACAUCCUCCUCCUCCUUGCCGGCCAGACGGCCGCUACUCUACUACAAAGAUUCUACUACAAUCAAGGAGGUAAUAGCAAGUGGAUGCAGACUCUCACCUUCUCAGCCGGCUUCCCAAUUCUCUACAUCCCUCUUCUUCUUACACCCUCCACCUCCUCUUCCACAGAAGCUAAGCAGCCCCUCAUCAAGAUCUCCCUAAUAUACAUUGCCAUAGGCCUUAUUACUACUGCAGACAGCCUAAUGUACUCAUACGGUCUUCUCUUCCUCACUGUCUCAACCUACUCCCUCGUAAGCACAACUCAACUUGCAUUCAAUGCCGUCUUCUCCUACUUCAUAAAUUCAGAAAGGUUCACACUGCUUACCCUCAACUCAAUCAUCCUUCUCAUUUUCUCCGCUGCCAUAUUAGGUGUCCACUCUGAUCAAGACCCCUCGUCCUCAUCCAACAUAUCGGGUGGUAAAUAUGUGCUCGGCUUCUUGCUGACCUUGGCUGCCUCUGCUACCUAUUCCUUCAUACUAUCUUUGAUGGAGCUGACAUUCCAGAAAGUGAUCAAGAGGCAAACAGUUAAGGCUGUUUUAGAGAUGCAGAUAUACACUGCUCUUGUAUCCACUGUGGGAGCAAUGGUGGGACUCUUCGCAAGCAAAGAAUGGAAAGGAUUGAGGCAAGAAAUGGAUGGUUUUGGGAAGGGAAAAGUUGGUUAUGUGAUGACAUUGGUUUGGGCUUCAGUUGCUUGGCAGGUGACUAACGUGGGACUGGUUGGGUUGAUAUUUAAGGUCUCCUCACUCUUCUCCAAUGUGAUUAGUACUCUGGGCACACCCAUAGUGCCAGUGUUUGCAGUUUUUCUGUUUCAUGAUAAAAUGGAUGGGUUAAAGAUUAUUUCAUUGCUUUUGGGUUUGUGGGGAUUUACUUCAUAUUUUUACCAGCAUUACAUUGAUUACAUGGAUGAGAAGAAGGAAGAGUUGCAGGAAAGUGGAAGGCCAAUGGAGAAUGAGAUAUCUACUGUUAUGAAAUAGAACAGGAGAUAAGGUAUGUUUUGUUUUUUGUUUGUACCUAAUUAAGUAAAAUGUAUUUAAUGUAUCAUUACAUCAACAAAAAUUGCAGUUCAUGGAUGUCUGUUGGGUUUAUAAAUUCCUAUGAUCCAGAAAUGCACCCAUUAUGAUGGCAAAAUAUUGGAAGGCAAUCUUUUUGGGUGAAAAAAGGAAAAUUUUUUCAGUUUCUGAAACAGAAUUGGCUUAAAAAAGCAAUUAGUUUGUAAACUGAUAAGAAUUGAAUUUUUAUAAGUUUUGUAGCUUGAAUCAGUUGAUGUUCCAAUGUCAA